ACGUGGAGUCAACUCGGCCCCGAAUUCACCGAGUUCAUUUUUCUGGUAAACAAACAGAUUCAUACCAAAUUUUCAAUGCCAUUUGUUCACCAAAAUCAGACAAAAAGGAAUGUACUCCGAAUUCUUUCUUCUUCUUCUUUACAAAAUUGCAGAGAAGCGUUGAAGAAUAGCGGUUGGUUUAUCUUUUUCCUUUUCCACUUUCAACCAUUUUGACUCUCUCUGAGAAAAACCCAAGUGGGUGUUAUUGCUCCACACUGCAAAUUUCGUUUUCUGACAUAAAGUAGAGCUUACGAUGAACCCCUCUUGAAUCUUCUCCUUUAAUCCCUUCAUUUAUAAGUCCCUUUCUUAUUGAUUACGAAAAUUAUUCUCUCUGAUUUACAAAGGGUUUGUCUUCUUUUUUCAUUUCUGUGGCUUUUCGUGUCCGUUCUUCCUAUAAAUCCCUCUAUUUCGCUCACAAUAGUUACAUAAACUCGUGGGUCGUUAGUAUUUUCUCCAAUCUUCUAAAGGGUGUUUUGCAUUUUCGUUUUCAUGGGGUUUUGUUUGAAUUGUUUAUUCAAUUCUGAGCAUUAAAAUAAUGGGUUUCUUGAGAUUUGAGUAGAAAAUGGAUUUGUUCAACUUAUGAGAACUUGACCCUUCUGGUUAUGGAUCUAGAAAGUGGAGUUCCUAGUGAAAAGAAUACGAAGAAAGAUUCAUGGAAGACGGUUCUGAUGAUGGCUUAUCAGAGUCUUGGGGUUGUCUAUGGGGAGUUGGGCACUUCGCCUCUCUAUGUCUAUAGGAACACUUUUGCAGAAGAAGAUAUCGAUCAUACUCAGAGCAACGACGAGAUUUAUGGGGUUUUGUCCUUUGUUUUCUGGACUCUUACCAUUGUUCCUUUGCUUAAGUACAUAUUUAUUGUCCUUAAAGCCGAUGAUAAUGGCGAGGGAGGGACAUUUGCUCUGUAUUCGUUACUAUGUCGACACGCACGAGUUAGCUCCUUGCCCAAUACCCAAUUGGCUGAUUCUGAACUCACUGAGUACAAGAUGAAUGUUCUUGGUCCGCCAUCUCUGGAAAGCUUUGGAUUCAAACUCAAAUCCGCAUUAGAAAAGCGUCGUGUUCUUCAAAAGUUCUUGCUCGUUCUUGCUUUAAUUGGGACUUGCAUGGUGAUUGGAGAUGGCAUCCUAACCCCGGCUAUUUCUGUUCUUUCGGCUGUUUCUGGUCUCGAGCAUACCAUGGCGAAAGAGCAUCACCAAUAUAUAGUACUCCCAAUUGCGUGCAUCGUACUGAUAUGCUUGUUCGCUCUUCAACACUACGGCACGCACAGGAUCGGGUUCUUGUUUGCUCCCAUAGUUACAGUUUGGCUAUUGUGUAUCAGUGCCAUUGGGUUGUACAAUAUUAUUCACUGGAAUCCAGGUGUUUAUAGAGCAAUUUCUCCUCGUUACAUGUUACAAUUUCUCAAGAAAACCCAGAAAGGAGGUUGGAUGUCACUUGGUGGAAUAAUGUUGUGCAUUACUGGCUCCGAGGCGAUGUUUGCUGACCUUGGGCAUUUUUCACAGUUGUCAAUCAAGAUUGCUUUCACUUUAAUGGUUUAUCCGUCUCUCCUCCUUGCAUACAUGGGGCAAGCUGCCUAUCUGUCUCAACAUCAUCCCUCUCCAAAUGAUCAUCUAAUUGGGUUUUAUGUAUCUGUACCUGAUAAAUUGAGGUGGCCUGUCCUUAUAAUUGCUGUGCUUGCUGCAGUAGUAGGCAGCCAGGCUAUAAUCACCGGAACGUUCUCUAUUAUAAAGCAGUGCUCGGCUUUGGGUUGUUUUCCUCGAGUCAAAAUCAUCCAUACGUCCUCGAAAGUUCACGGUCAGAUCUAUAUCCCGGAGGUUAAUUGGAUUCUGAUGCUGUUGUGCUUGGCUGUUACCAUAGGUUUCAGAGACACCAAGCGUUUGGGCCACGCCUCAGGUUUGGCAGUGAUAACUGUGAUGCUUGUUACUACGUGCUUGAUGUCGCUUGUUAUCGUUCUGUGCUGGCACCGAAGUGUAUUUCUUGCUAUAGGCUUCAUCUUCUUUUUUGGCACCAUUGAAUCUCUCUACUUCUCUGCUUCUCUUACAAAGUUUCUUGAAGGAGCCUGGGUUCCCAUUGCAAUUUCUAUUGUAUUCCUCAUAGUCAUGUAUGUCUGGCACUAUGGUACUCUUAAGAAGUUUGAAUUUGAGCUCCAAAACAAGGUUUCUGUCAACUGGCUACUCGGUGUCGGUCCCAGCUUAGGCAUUGUGAGAGUCCGUGGGAUCGGUGUCGUACAGACCGAGCUAGUUUCAGGAAUCCCGGGUAUCUUCACCCACUUUGUCACCAACAUUCCCGCCUUCCAUCAAGUCCUUGUUUUCCUUUGCAUCAAGUAUGUCCCAGUGCCACACAUUAGACCAGAGGAACGGUUUCUUAUUGGUCGUAUCGGUACGAGUGAAUAUAGACUCUAUAGGUGCAUUGUGCGAUACGGGUAUCGAGAUUUUCACAAAGACGACCUAGAGUUUGAGAGUGAUCUUCUAUGCAGCAUAGCAAAGUUUAUAAGGUCAGGAACUGCAGAGGCAGGUGAUGAAAAGAUGUCAAUGGUUGGGACAUCAUCUUCUACACACGAAGAUAGAAUUCAGAUGGCCGUGGCCGAGACCGGUAACGACGAAGACUCUGAAGAACUGUACCGAGGUUCAGAUACAAGGGAAAUAAGGUCACCCGGUCCAGUUGAAUUGAGAAAAAGAGUGCGGUUCAUGUUACCCGAGAGCCCGAAAAUGAACACGAAUGCAAUGGAAGAAUUAGAAGAGCUAAUGGAAGCAAGAGAAGGAGGAGUCGCUUACAUAUUAGGACGGUCACACAUGAAAGCAAAACAAGGAUCGAGCAUGCUGAAAAGGGUGUCGAUCGACUUCGUUUACGAGUUCUUGAGGAAGAACAGCAGAGAAGCUGAGUUCCCUGCAGGUUUAUCGCAUUCAUCAUCAACCCUCGAGGUGGGCAUGAUGUAUCUUGUUUAGUUUAGUUCCUGACCAUAAUACCAGAUUUCCAUGUACAUAGAUAUGAGUAUACAAAGCUGUAAUAUCUUUGUAAAAUAAUGAAAAAAGCAUAGAAACUUCAAUUA